AACUCAGCUAGGAUGCAGUCACAGGAAGGGGAGGAGCCUUCUCCUAACAGCAGCCAAUCAGACAGCCGGUUGAAGAGCAAGAAGCCGCCCAGUCUGGUCAUAGCCAUCCCUGCCCCAGAGGAAGAAGAGAGAGCUGAAACGGUCAAGCAGGUACCCCUUUGACCUGCUUUUUCCAUUUUGACCCCUGUUAUGCUAACAUGGUCUCUACUUGGAAAAUGGCAGUUGAGGCUCUGAUGAAGGCCAUUUCAAUAGGAAAGGGAAGAAUUGGCAUGCAAACUUUUACAGCUGGUAGUAUAGCCAGAGUUUCAGCCCCCAACUGAAAACCUUUUUACUAUAGAUGAGCAUGCUGUCUCCCUUUCCUUCAUAUACAGUAUGUCAUUUCAUUGGGGGGAAGUAUGGCAUUUGGGACAUCUGCUGGUGUCUACGGGCAUCCAUAUCCCAACCAGCCCCCCCCCCCCAGUCCACUCAUGCUAGUGUUGCACGGUCAGUCACGACUAGCUACUUUAUAGCAAAGCUGAGAUAGGCCCUGUUAACAUUCCUGUCUUUACAUUUUGGGUUUUAUAAAUAGGGGCAGGUUGUUUUUUCUGAUUUGGACAAAAUUGCCCCAAAAUCCAGAAAUGUUUUCCGUAUAAGACUCGUCAUCGGUCAUUUGAAAGCUAAUCUAAUCUAAUGUAGUCACAUUAGCCAGUUUUUGGGUCCAUGUAUCCAUUUUCCUGUUUAACUCAUUUCUCUUGUCUUCACUGUCUGGCUGGUCUGGCACACCCUGGGGGACUCCUUCAGAUUAAGUGGUUAUUUUGCCCCAAAUGAUCUGCUCCAUCAAGCAUUAAGCACUCCCUGCACCAUUACUUGUCAAAAGUCAUCAGUGUUAGGUGUAUGCCCGCAGAGAGUGUGUGGGUGGGUGUGUGUGUGUGAGGGAGAGUGCAUGUGUGAGAACACAAGUGUGUGCGUGUGCUCAUUAAUUUGUGUGUGUGUGCAUCUACGUGUGUGUGUAUGUGUGUGAGCACUGUCACUACACAGGGGUUUCCCCAACAAAGAGCCUCUGGUGGCUGGCUGGCUAGCUAAGCACACCCCCUGCUGGUUCACACACAGGCAGCACAUAUGGCUCUCACAAUACUCAAUUAACGCCACAGUGACUCGACAAGUCGUUAGCCAAGUCGCCGUUAAAGACGUGAAUGGGGUUUUGAAAGAACAUGCCAUACAAAAUGAAAAAACAUUACAAAAACAAAUGCCCAAGUCUCCACUUUUGAAGUAUAAGACGUUAGUCUAAUGGAAAAAUACUAAGCUUUAGGAUGAUUUGGUGGUUCCUUAGUAUCACUUCUUUGUUUUCUAACAAAGUGAAAAAAUGAUAUAUGCAUUUUGCUGCAGUCUCAGAAAAAUAAAACUCCUUACUUUGCCUUUCUUACACUUCUGUUUUGGAAUAAGUUGAUUGAUCUGAGCUAAACCAGAUAGCUGUAACCCCUCACUAAAGUCAAUGGAACGCUGUGGACUGAAUCAUACAAAAUAAAUAAUGCUCUUAACACGCAUUCCCUUCCAAAUUACAUUUACAUUUGAGUCAUUUAGCAGACGCUCUUAUCCAGAGCGACUUACAGUUAGUGAGUGCAUACAUUAUUCCCCCCCCCCCGUGGGAAUCGAACCCACAACCCUGACGUUGCAAACGCCAUGCUCUACCAACUGAGCUACAUCCCUGCCAGCCAUUCCCUCCCCUACCCUGGAAGAUGCUGGGCCAAUUGUGCGCCUCCCCAUGGGUCUCCCGGUCGCGGCCGGCUACGACAGAGCCUGGAUUCGAACCAGGAUCUCUAGUGGCACAGCCUUAGACCACUGCGCCACUCGGGAGGCCGAGUGUUCCAAAUGGAAGGCGCACAAUUGGCCCAGCGUCGCCCAGGGUAGGGAAGGGAAUGGCUGGCAGGGAUGUAGCUCAGUUGGUAGAGCAUGGUGUUUGCAACGCCAGGGUUGUGGGUUCGAUUCCCACGGGGGGGAAAUAAUGUAUGCCGAGUGUUCCAAAUGUUCCAUUGACAACAAUGCAUGAUUUACGCGAUUUUCAAAUUUUUCACACACCCCAAGUGAAGAUUUAGCCCAGUAGUAUACCAGUGAUGGCGUGAAUUCCAUUUAAAUUCAGCCAAUCCAUUUCAAGUGCCCUUUAAUUUCAUGGCCUACAGUAUACUGACUCUCUGAGCUAGGAUUAUGCUCAGUAGUCCCUCUGCUCUCUCCCCUGUCCAGCCCCUGCGUUCAUCCCUGAAGAAGAGUGAGAGCCUGCAGCAGGCCAGUCCUCUGUCUGACAGUGGUACUGAUGGGGGUGGAGGUCACUCUGCUGGGGACAGGAGGGCAGCCUUCUACAGACAGACCUCCCUGUCUCAGAGCAUACGCAAGUAAGUGGGCUGGGGGGGAGUGGAAAGAGAGAGGGAAAAUAUAAGGGAAGGGAUGAAGAAACUAAUGGAGGGCAGAAGAAAAUCUGAUAGGGGGCAUAGGAGGAUUGUAGGGGUAGUGGGUGAGAAAGGAGGAAGAUGAAGAGGGUGAAAAGACAGGGAAGGUACUGUAUGAUAAGAUUAAAAGGGGUUGGGGUGGUGGAAAGAGACUUUAGAUUAACAGAUGGUAGCAGAGAGAGAAACGGAAGAGAAAGAGAAAAGACAGUGGGAGAAUCAAUAUUGCAUACUCCUCACAUCCUCUCUCCUGGCCUCUUUCUCAAACCCCAUUGGAGAAGAAGGUCAGAGGGGAGGGACCUCUGGCUUUCUCAUCCAAUGGGUUUUGAGAAUUGGGGGUUGGUGGUGGCAUACAGCGGGGGAUUUCCUUUUAUGACUGUUUGGAAUGUUGGACAUAAACAAGUUGUAUUCUCUCCUCCCCCCUCCCUCUCUCUUUUACCCCUCGCUGUCUCUCUCCCUCUCUCUUCGGUAUUCUUCCCUUCCUCCCUCCCUCCCUCCCUCCCUCCCUCCCUCCCUCCCUCCCUCUCUUUCGUUUCCCCCUUCCUUCCUCUCUCCCUCCUUUCUCUCCUCUUUCCCCCUUCCCUCUCUCUCUCCCUCACCCCCUCUCCCUCUUCCAAUACCCUCUCUCUCCCUCCCCGUCCUCUAGGGGUACAGCCCAAGCUACAGCCCAAGCAGCAGGUUGGUUCGGGGUGGGUGAGAACUGUGAGACCGAGCAGCAGCUAUGGCAGAAGAAGAGUCUGCGCCACUGCAGCCAGCGCUACGGCAAGCUCAAGGCCCAGUACAGAGAGCCAGAGCUCCCCGUCAGCAUGGACCAGGGCCUGGACUCACCCGCCGCAAACAAGAUGCCCAAGGUAGGCUACCGAACACACACAUACAUAUGGAGACCACUCCUAGCCCCUAGGUCUGACAGAACUGGAUAGGUACAGUGCAUUUGGAAAGUAUUCGGCCCCCUUGACUUUUUCCACAUUUUGUUACGUUACAGCCUUAUUCUAAAAUGGAUUAAAUAAAGUUUUUCCCUCAUCAAUCUACACACAAUACACCAUAAUGACAAAGCAAAAACAGUUUAUUUUAUACAUUUUUGCAAAUGUAUACAAAAUAAUCAACUUAAAUAUCACAUUUACAUAAGUAUUCAGACCCUUUACUCAGUACUUUGUUGAAGCACCUUUGGAAGCGAUUACAGCCUCGAGUCUUCUUGGGUAUGAAGCUACAAGCUCGGCAAACCUGUAUUUGGGGAGUUUCUCCCAUUCUUCUCUGCAGAUCCUCUCAAGCUCUGUCAGGUUGGAUGGGGAGCGUCGCUGCACAGCUAUUUUCAGGUCUCUCCAGAGAUGCUAAAUCGGGUUCAAGGCCGGGCUCUGGCUGGGCCACUCAAGGACAUUCAGAGACUUGUCCUGAAGCCACUCCUGCGUUGUCUUGGCUGUGUGCUUAGGGUCGUUGUCCUGUUGGAAGGUGAACCUUUGCCCCCAGUCUGAGGUCCUGAGCACUCUGGAGCAGGUUUUCAUCAAGGAUCUCUCUGUACUUUGCUUUGUUCAUCUUUCCCUCGAUCCUGACUAGUCUCCUAGACCCUGCCGCUGCAAAACAUCCCGACAGCAUGAUGCUGCCACCACCAUGCUUCAACGUAGGGAUGGUGCCAGGUUUCGUCCAGACGUGACACUUGGCAUUGAGACCAAAGAGUUCAAUCUUGGUUUCAUCAGACCAGAGAAUCUUGUUUCUCAAGGUCUGAGUCCUUUUAGGUGCCUUUUGGCAAACUCCAAGCGGGCUAUCAUGUGCCUUUUACUGAGGAGUGGCUUCCGUCUGGCCACUCUACCAUAAAGGCCUGAUUGGUGGAGAGCUGCAGAGAUGGUGGUCCUUCUGGAAGGUUCUCUCAUCUCCACAGAGGAAUUCUAGAGCUUUGUCAGAGUGACCAUCGGGUUCUUGGUCACCUCCUUGUUUCUGCAACUUGUCUAGAGAGUCAGCACUUCUUCAUUGUAGCAGUACACAUGUCCUUGAGCAGUUUAACAAAGAGGCAGUGUGUGUGUGAGUCACAAGUCUAUCUCAGCCUACCCCCUAACGGUUCCUCACAUUAAUCACAGCUUGUUAUGUUAAACAAUCUAUAUCAGUACAGCACAAACCUAUUAUGUUUAAUCAUUAAUGUAUUCUUUCUAAGCUAGGCAUCACAUCUAGUUGUAAGAGAAUAGAUCCCCACAGUGGUUCCAAACUUCUUCAAUUUUUAAGAAUGAUGGAGGCCACUGUGUUCUUAGGGACCUUCAAUGUUGCAGACAUUUUUUGGUACCCUUCCCCAGAUCUGUGCCUCGACACAAUCCUGUCUCGGAGCUCUACGGACAAUUCCUUCGACCUCAUGGCUUGGUUUAUUUCUCUGACAUGCACUGUCAACUGUGGGACCUUAUAUAUACAGGUGUGUGCCUUUCCAAAUCUUGUCCAAUCCAAUUGAAUUUACCACAGGUGGACUCCAAUCAAGUUGAGGAAACCACUCAAGGAUGAUCAAUGGAAACAGGAUGCACCUGAGCUCAAUUUUGAGUCUCAUAGCAAAUGUGUCUGAAUACUUAUGUAAAUAAGAUAUUUCAUUUUUACAUUUUUAAUACAUUUGCAAAAAUGUCAAAAAACCUGUUUUGACUUUGUCAUUAAGGGGUAUUGUGUGUAAAUUGACGAGGAAAAAAAUUAAUUGAAUCCAUUUUAGAAAAAGGCUGUAACGUAACAAAAUGUGGAAAAAGUAGACGGGUCUGAAUACUUUAUGAAUGCACUGUAUAUAUACUUAUAUGUAUAAGCAAUGAAGUAAGAGGCAAGUAAAUAUACUACUAUAUGCAUCUUUUUUGGAUCUACAUGAAGUGCCCAGGGAGUGAGGGAUCGGGAUUGUUUCUAGACGGGGCCACUGUAUUUGUUGCACCAUCAAAUCAACUUUACCUAACAAGACGCUAUCAUCAACAACCAUCAUUUGUCUCGGUGUCAGACAUCAGAUUAGACUCCACUUUGGACCUCUACUCAGAAUGGAGAAAUCAUAGAGAGCAGGUGGAGGAAGGGCGGCGGUAGUGCCACUCAGGGGGAAGUGCACCCUCUGCCUGGCAUAAAUAAUGCAGAGUGUGGCACCAUGAUGGCAGGAGGUAGCCUACAUCUGAGCCUCAACCAGUGUGUCUGUUAGCCCCCACACACUCCGCUCUCCUCCACCGACUCUGACACACCCACUCACUCCUGGGUGCUUAUUCGUCUCCACGACUCUCUCUCUUUCUCUCUCUUUUUGUCUGUCACUCUAUGCCCCCUUAUUUCUCUCUCUCUCUCUCUCUCUCUCUCUCUCUCUCUCUCUCUCUCUCUCUCUCUCUCUCUCUCUCUCUCUCUCUUUCUCCCCCAAUCUUGUUGUUCAUCUUUCUAUUUUGCUCUCUGUCAGCUCCUAUGAAGACUCGGGUAAGACUUCAGAACAAGCGUCUACAUGCUCUCUGACACACUCACGCUGACUGACACCUCUACACACACAGAUGCAAACACACACACACACACACACACACACAGACGUGCAAACUCCGAACACUCCUAGUAGAUGGAUUAUUGAUGUGUGAAUGUCAUUGUGACAUCAGUAACGCUUUUAUGUAGAGCUGUCAAUGUAAUUCUGUGUCAACUCUUGUAGAAUGUAAUGUUUUCCUGCUUUAGUUUCCUCCAGCUAGCAGAAAUGUCACCAUUUGAGGAUUUUAGCAUUACAAUGUAGCUUUUUUGUGAUGAAGCUAAUGAUGUGACAGUUAAUUAUUUUAUUGUUUAUUUCUGUUUAAUCAACAUUUAAUCCUCCUCUUAUUCGCUUCCCCCCAGAUUGUGGACCCCCUAGCGCGGGGGCGAGCGUUCCGCUACCCGGAUGAGACGGACCGUCCUCCCCGUACCCCCCACACGGGACCCGUCACCCCGGGGUUCACCUCCCUUUCCUCCUUCACCUCCCAGCGCUCCGGGAACUACGCCCGCCUGCCCCGACGCAAGAGGGAGUCUGUUGCCCGCAUGAGUAUACGAGCAGCAUCCAACCUACUCAGGGUGAGUGGGCACUGGGGAACGUUAGGUGAAGUGUGUGCAUGGAUGUGUGUGGAUGGGGUUGCAUCUGUGCCACCUCCAACCUGAUCAUCACUGGGGAUCGUUAGUGGAAACUAGAUUACGUUUGAGUGUGUGCAUGUGUGUUGCUGUUAAGCACUUUUGACUUGCAUUUAUAAGGAACAGCUGUACAGAUGAAUAUUUGAUGGUUUUGCGUACGUGUAUCUACGUGCCUGACAUAAAUACAGAUUUUGCGCUUAAAAGACUGAUAUGUUGAUCUGUGUAUGUUGUACUGUACAUCACAGUCAUAUUUGAGUUGUCUCUCCUCACAUGCUAGUCUUUGACAUUGUCCCACUAACGUCCUGGUUGUGUGUCUGGUUCAGGGUCGUUCAGGUCUAGUGGGCUCCCAGACAGGUCGUAGUUUCCCCCGGCGGAGCUUCGCCCGACCCAGCUGGCUGGAGGAGGACACUGUGGACUCAGCAGACACUCACGGGUCCAUGUUCUUCAGCAAGGUAAUGAUACUCUAUCUACCUUUCUCUCUGUGUCCUUCUCUUGCUUUUAUGUCUCUCCAUGUCUCUGUCCUUCUCUUGCUUUUAUGUCUCUCCAUGUCUCUGUCUUUCUCUUGCUUUUAUGUCUCUCCAUGUCUCUGUCCUUCUCUUGCUUUCUCAGUCUCUCUUUUUGUUUUUUCUAUCUCUCCGUGUGCCUCAGUCGGUCUCCUUUCUCUCUCUCCUCUUUUGCUGCCUCCGUCUGCAUGUUUUUGUUUGUAUUAGUUCUCUGUCUCUGUCUGUCUCUUCUAUAUGUCUCUGUCUGUCUCUUCUAUAUGUCUCUGUCCGUCUCUUCUAUAUGUCUCUGUCUGUCUCUUCUAUAUGUCUCUGUCUGUCUCUUCUAUAUGUCUCUGUCUGUCUCUUCUACAGUGGGGAGAACAAGUAUUUGAUACACUGCCGGUUUUGCAGGUUUUCCUACUUACAAAGCAUGUAGAGGUCUGUAAUUUUUAUCAUAGGUACACUUCAACUGUGAGAGACGGAAUCUAAAACAAAAAUCCAGAAAAUCACAUUGUAUGAUUUUUAAAUUGCAUGACAUAAGUAUUUGAUACAUCAGAAAAGCAGAACUUAAUAUUUGGUACAGAAACCUUUGUUUGCAAUUACAGAGAUCAUACGUUUCCUGUAGGUCUUGACCAGGUUUGCACACACUGCAGCAGGGAUUUUGGUCCACUCCUCCAUACAGACCUUCUCCAGAUCCUUCAGGUUUCGGGGCUGUCGCUGGGCAAAAUGGACUUUCAGCUCCCUCCAAAGAUUUUCUAUUAGUUUCAGGUCUGGAGACUGGCUAGGCCACUCCAGGACCUUGAGAUGCUUCUUACGGAGCCACUCCUUAGUUGCCCUGGCUGUGUGUUUCGGGUCGUUGUCAUGCUGGAAGACCCAGCCACGACCCAUCUUCAAUGCUCUUACUGAGGGAAGGAGGUUGUUGGCCAAGAUCUCGCGAUACAUGGCCCCAUCCAUCCUCCCCUCAAUACGGUGCAGUCGUCCUGUCCCCUUUGCAGAAAAGCAUCCCCAAAGAAUGAUGUUUCCACCUCCAUGCUUCACGGUUGGGAUGGUGUUCUUGGGGUUGUACUCAUCCUUCUUCUUCCUCCAAACACGGCGAGUGGAGUUUAGACCAAAAAGCUCUAUUUUUGUCUCAUCAGACCCAUGACCUUCUCCCAUUCCUCCUCUGGAUCAUCCAGAUGGUCAUUGGCAAACUUCAGAUGGGCCUGGACAUGCGCUGGCUUGAGCAGGGGGACCUUGCGUGCGCUGCAGGAUUUUAAUCCAUGACGGCGUAGUGUGUUACUAAUGGUUUUCUUUGAGACUGUGGUCCCAGCUCUCUUCAGGUCAUUGACCAGGUCCUGCCGUGUAGUUCUGGGCUGAUCCCUCACCUUCCUCAUGAUCAUUGAUGCCCCACGAGGUGAGAUCUUGCAUGGAGCCCCAGACCGAGGGUGAUUGACCGUCAUCUUGAACUUCUUCCAUUUUCUAAUAAUUGCGCCAACAGUUGUUGCCUUCUCACCAAGCUGCUUGCCUAUUGUCCUGUAGCCCAUCCCAGCCUUGUGCAGGUCUACAAUUUUAUCCCUGAUGUUCUUACACAGCUCUCUGGUCUUGGCCAUUGUGGAGAGGUUGGAGUCUGUUUGAUUGAGUGUGUGGACAGGUGUCUUUUUAUAUAGGUAACGAGUUCAAACAGGUGCAGUUAAUACAGGUAAUGAGUGGAGAACAGGAGGGCUUCUUAAAGAAAAACUAACAGGUCUGUGAGAGCCGGAAUUCUUACUGGUUGGUAGGUGAUCAAAUACUUAUGUCAUGCAAUAAAAUGCUAAUUAAUUACUUAAAAAUCAUACAAUGUGAUUUUCUGGAUUUUUGUUUUAGAUUCCGUCUCUCACAGUUGAAGUGUACCUAUGAUAAAAAUUACAGACCUCUACAUGCUUUGUAAGUAUUAAAACCUGCAAAAUCGGCAGUGUAUCAAAUAUUUGUUCUCCCCACUGUAUAUGUCUCUCUUUGUCUCUUCUAUAUGUCUCUUUCUGUCUCUUCUAUAUGUCUGUAUCUUCUAUAUGUCUGUCUCUUCUAUAUGUCUCUGUCUGUCUCUUCUAUAUAUCUCUGUCCUGCAAAAAAAGAAACGUCCUCUCACUCUCAACUGCGUUUAUUUUCAGCAAACUUAACAUGUGUAAGUAUUUGUAUGAACAUAACAAGAUUCAACAACUGAGACAUAAACUGAACAAGUUCCACAGACAUGUGACUAACAGAAAUGGAAUAAUGUGUCCCUGAACAAAGAUCAAAAGGGUCAAAAUCAAAAGUAACAGUCAGUAUCUGGUGUGGCCACCAACUGCAUUAAGUACUGCAGUGCAUUUCCUCCUCAUGGACUGCACCAGAUUUGCCAGUUCUUGCUGUGAGAUGUUACCCCACUCUUCCACCAAGGCAUCUGCAAGUUCCCAGAUAUUUCUGGGGGGAAUGGCCCUAGCCCUCACCCUCCGAUCCAACAGGUCCCAGACGUGCUCAAUGGGAUUGAGAUCCGGGCUCUUCGCUGGCCAUGGCAGAACACUGACAUUCCUGUCUUGCAGGGAAUCAAGCACAGAACGAGCAGUAUGGCUGGUGGCAUUGUCAUGCUGGAGGGUCAUGUCAGGAUGAGCCUGCAGGAAGGGUACCACAUGACGGAGGAGGAUGUCUUCCCUGUAACGCACAGCAUUGAGAUUGCCUGCAAUGACAACAAGCUCAGUCCGAUGAUGCUGUUACACACCGCCCCAGACCAUGAUGGACCCUCCAUCUCCAAAUCGUUCCCGCUCCAGAGUACAGGCCUCGGUGUAACGCUCAUUCCUUUGACGAUAAACGCGAAUCCGACCAUCACCCCUGGUGAGACAAAACCGCGACUCGUCAGUGAAGAGCACUUUUUGCCAGUCCUGUCUGGUCCAGCGACGGUGUGUUUGUGCCCAUAGGCAACGUUGUUGCCGGUGAUGUCUGGUGAGGACCUGCCGUACAACAGGCCUACAAGCCCUCAGUCCAUCCUCUCUCAGCCUAUUGCGGACAGUCUGAGCACUGAUGGAGGGAUUGUUGUCGUUCCUGGUGUAACUUGGGCAGUUGUUGUUGCCAUCCUGUACCUGUCCCGCAGGUGUGAUGUUCGGAUGUACCGAUCCUGUGCAGGUGUUGUUACACGUGGUCUGCCACUGCGAGGACGACAGCUGCCCGUCCUGUCUCCCUGUAGCGCUGUCUUAGGCGUCUCACAGUAUGGACUUUGUAAUUUAUUGCCCUGGCCACAUCUGCAGUCCUCAUGCCUCCUUGCAGCAUGCCGAAGGCACGUUCAUGCAGAUGAGCAGGGACCCUGGGCAUCUUUCUUUUGGUGUUUUUCAGAGUCAGUAGAAAGGCCUCUUUUAGUGUCCUAAGUUUUCAUAACUGUGACCUUAAUUGCCUACCGUCUGUAAGCUGUUAGUGUCUUAACGACCGUUCCACAAGUGCAUGUUCAUUCAUUGUUUAUGGUUAAUUGAACAAGCAUGGGAAACAGUGUUUAAACCCUUUACAAUGAAGAUCUGUGAAGUUAUUUAGAUUUUUACUAAUUAUCUUUGAAAGGGUCCUGAUAAAGGGAAGUUUUUUUUUUUGCUGAGUUUAUAUACCUCUGUCUGUCUCUUCUAUAUUUCUCUCUGUCUCUUCUACAGUGAGGGAAAAAAGUAUUUGAUCCCCUGCUGAUUUUGUACGUUUGCCCACUGACAAAGAAAUGAUCAUCUAUACUUUUAAUGGUAGGUUUAUUUGAACAGUGAGAGACAGAAUAACAACAAAAAAAUCCAGAAAAACGCAUGUCAAAAAUGUUAUAAAUUGAUUUGCAUUUUAAUGAGGGAAAUAAGUAUUUGACCCCCUCUCAAUCAGACAGAUUUCUGGCUCCCAGGUGUCUUUUAUACAGGUAAUGAGCUGAGAUUAGGAGAACACUCUUAAAGGGAGUGCUCCUAAUCUCAGCUUGUUGCCUGUAUAAAAGACACCUGUCCACAGAAGCAAUCAAUCAAUCAGAUUCCAAACUCUCCACCAUGGCCAAGACCAAAGAGCUCUCCAAGGAUGUCAGGGACAAUAUUGUAGACCUACACAAGGCUGGAAUGGGCUACAAGACCAUCGCCAAACAGCUUGGUGAGAAGGUAACAACGGUUGGUGCGAUUAUUCGCAAAUGGAAGAAACACAAAAGAACUGUCAAUCUCCCUCGGCCUGGGGCUCCACGCAAGAUCUCACCUCGUGGAGUUGCAAUGAUCAUGAGAACGGUGAGGAAUCAGCCCAGAACUACACGGGAGGAUCUUGUCAAUGAUCUCAAGGCAGCUGGGACCAUAGUCACCAAGAAAACAAUUGGUAACACACUACGCCGUGAAGGACUCAAGGGUUUUGCCACCAAGUACUAAGUCAUGUUUUGCAGAGGGGUCAAAUACUUAUUUAUCUCAUUAAAAUGCAAAUCAAUUUAUAACAUUUUUGACAUGCGUUUUUUUCUGGAUUUUUUGGUUGUUAUUCUGUCUCUCACUGUUCAAAUAAACCUACCAUUAAAAUUAUAGACUGAUCAUUUCUUUGUCAGUGGGAAAAUGUACAAAAUCAGCAGGGGAUCAAAUAAUUGUUUCCCUCACUGUAUAUAUCUCUGUCUGUCUCUUCUAUAUGUCUCUGUCUGUGCUCUGUGUUCCAGGUGAAAUCAGCCAGUCUCAGCCUAGCUACCGUGCUAGCUCACACAGAUUUAGAUAAUUAACACAAAAUGUCAGGUGGCUAUUUUGGGUCUCCUCUCUCUUCCAGCAGUCUGUAUGUGCUACCAGAUUAAUCACAGUCCAGCCCCCAAAGUAAUGUACCGUUGGAGUGAGAGAGAUGGAGUCUGGAGAGAUGUAUGGGGUGUUGAGGGCUGUGUGGGAUGAGGGUUGGGAAUAAUAGUAGGUGCUACAGUUAGUGGAGUGAUGAGGGUGCAGAAGGGUGACUAGAAGUUGUCUUGAGAUUUUCUUGGAAGUUAAGAAAGCCAGAUACUGUACUGUUGGAGUGAGACAUAUGUGAUUACAUUUACAUUUUAGUCAUUUAGCAGACGCUCUUAUCCAGAGCGACUUACAGUUAGUGCAUACAUUUUUAUUUUUUUUCAUACUGGCCCCCCGUGGGAAUCGAACCCACAACCCUGGCGUUGUAAACGCCAUGCUCUACCAACUGAGCUACAUCCCUGCUGGCCAUUCCCUCCCCUACCCUGGACGACGCUGGGCCAAUUGUGUGCCGCCCCAUGGGUCUCCCGGUCACGGCCAGCUACGACAGAGCCUGGAUUCGAACCAGGAUCUCUAGUGGCACAGCUAGCACUGCAAUGCAGUGCCUUAGACCACUGCGCAACUCGGGAGAUUGAUGAGUAUUGUGAUGGAGUAUGUAGUGAUAUAUAUGGACAGGUAGAGGGGGAUGAUGGUGUGUAGGGGAGGAUAGUAGAUGGAAUGAUGAGUGCGGAAUGGUGGAUGGCAUUUUCUACAUUAGAAAGUUGAAAAGAGAUUUGUUUUCUGUGGGCCUCUUAAUAACAUACUCCCCACGUCAACUCUCUCUCAGGUGGAUGCCCAUGAGGAGUUGUACUCCAUGGCUGAUGAUGUGUUCGAGUCUCCCCCUAUGUCGGCUUCCUACGGAGACCACCAUGAGCCCUACCAGAGCCUGUAAGUAGCCUACAUUAGAGGGAUGGGGGAGAGCGAUUAAAAGACGUAGAUUGAUAAAGUCUCGUUGACUUUCUCCCUCUCUGUGUCUCUCUCUCUGUGUCUCUCUCUCCCUGUGUGUCGCUCUCUCUCUGUUUGUGUCCCUCUCUCGCUGUGUGUGUCUGUCUCUGUGUGUCUCUGUCUCUCACCCCCAGUAGGGAUGUGUCUAAAAACCCCACCGUGCAUAUUGAGAAGGCCGGGCCACAGCAGCGGGGGCGUCGUAUCGCCUCCCAGGUCAAGCACUUUGCCUUUGACAAGCCCAAGCGGCAGUUCGGCAUGGGCGUGGUGGGCAAGUGGCUCAACCGCCACUACCGCCACAGCAUCAGCAGCCAGGUGCAGAAACAGCUGGACGACUUCAGCAGCCACAGGUGAGGCGGGAAGGGAAACGCAUGCAUAAGAACACAUACAGACAAAAACACACACACAAUCCACACCUAGUACACAUUUAGUGGGCAUUCAUUCAUCUGUGAGAACCACAAAGGAAACAUUUUCAAAUAAUCCAAUCCAAAUAAGUAAAACAACCCUGCUGUGUCGUCUCCCUCAGACCGUACUUCACCUACUGGAUCACCUUUGUCCACGUGGUCAUCACCAUCCUGGCCUGUGCUACCUAUGGCUUUGCCCCUGUGGGGUUCGCCCAACACUCUACCUCUGAACUGGUGAGGAGUCCCAUAGGGCCUAGGCAACUGCACAGCCUAAUUGGAUCCAAUGGUUUCUGUGAUGGCUUCUGGCAUAGCUCUUUUGAUCCACAAUGGCUACCUUAGUGAUCUAUUGAGCUGUUUCUGCUGACUGUGUUUUCUUGGUCUCCCUCCAUAGGUGUUGAAGAACAAGGGCAUCUAUGAGAGUGUCAAGUUCAUCCAGCAGGAGAACUUCUGGAUCGGCCCUGGCUCUGUGAGUCACUGCUCUUCUAUCUCACGUGUCAUACAUGCUGUAUGUCUUUUCAGUCUUACAUUUGGGGUCUUUUAGUUUUGAUGGUCUACAUCUGCAGUGGUGUUGGUAGGUGCUAGGUGGGAGGCGAACUUAGCCUUCAACAGGACACGCUAAAGAGGUUCUGGACUCACUCACUAGUACUUAUUAACUGGUUAUUUACUCACUUACUGUAGUGUAGUGUACUUACUAGUGUGCCUUCUGACUGUACUAAGGUACUUACUGACUGUACUAAAGUACUUACUGACUGUACUAAAGUACUUACUGACUGUACUAAAGUACUUACUGACUCGUUUACACUUACUGACUUCAUUUUGCCUUGAGAAACUUCACGCUUGUCAGGUUCAGAUCCACUUCGACAGUGAUACAGAAUGUUCAUUUCAGAGAAUGUGUUGGGCUGACAGUCAGUAACCCAUGUUACAGUUUGUGUUCUAUUAGGGAGUCAAGUGAAAAAGUGGGUGUGAAAAGUAAGACGAUGGCUCCACCACAGCAUCCCACAUAGGCCACAAUAUGAACAGAGUAAAGGGUCCCACACGACUAGUCUAGUGGGUGGCUAUAGCUCAAAUAACUGGAGCUGUGGGUUUGGUGGCUAACUGUGUCUUUGUCUGUUCUGUACUGUGAUGCUUUAACUACUACCUUUGCAUGGUUGACUAUCAAAAUAUGAUCUCUUGACUACUUACAGUACAAUAAAGAGGUCUAACGGCCAGCUAAAACAAAGGCUAGGCCAGUAAGCCUAACUAUUUUUUGGCCCUGGUUCUGAGUUGCCCGGUUAGGUUAACUUUAUUGGAUUCCCAACUAUUUUUGGUUGCUAGAUCAAAUAUGUGUCUGGUUGCCAGAUUAAGAAUGUAUUCCUGUGUUCUAUCCCCCCUCUUAGGAGGACCUAAUCCACCUUGGGGCCAAGUUCUCCCCGUGUAUCCGCAAGGACAGCCAGAUAGUCAGUCUCAUCCAGAAAGCCAAGGACCAGGAGAGAGAGUCAGGCUGCUGUGUACAGAACGACAACUCAGGCUGUGUCCAGACCCUCAGCAACGACUGCUCGGUACGCAAACACACACGUACGCAGUACAUGCAUAUGUAUUAUUGUAGGCCCACACAAAUACUGUAGUAGACCAAUGCACGUGCACACACACACACAACCCCCUAUUGUACUCCCACUUACGCUCUCUCUCUCUGUGUGUCACACUCACACACACUCUCCUGCCACCUAGAGAUUACCGGUUGUAAACUUGAAACAAGAUUAUCAACUUUUUUGUCUGGCUGUGUUUAUUCUGGUCUGUGUGUAGGAGUCAUUGGCCACCUUCAUGAAAUGGAAGGAUGAAGAUGUGGACAUUCUGAGGUCAUCAGGCUCUGUGUGUCACCAGGACCCCAGGUACUGUCUUUGAUACUGUUCUACUAUACUGAAUACAGUGCUAACACACAUACACACUCACACUGGAGUGCUGACCUGUUAAGGUAAAACUGUAACUUGAGGGUAUCAUAAAGUGUCUUCCUGCUAUCUGUUUUCCUGACGCAUGCUGGAAACAGGACCUGUGAAGAGCCUGCCUCCGCAGAGCCUCACAUCUGGCCCGAUGACAUCACACAUUGGCCGGUGAGUGACAGGAGGAUCUUCCAAUGUUAUGCUUCGUCUGACAGCCCUGCUAAUAUGUAUUGUGUGACCAGACAUCAUUAUACAUGACAUUUACAGUGGGGGAAAAAAGUAUUUAGUCAGCCACCAAUUGUGCAAGUUCUCCCACUUAAAAAGAUGAGAGAGGCCUGUAAUUUUCAUCAUAGGUACACGUCAACUAUGACAGACAAAAUGAGAAAAAAAAUCCAGAAAAUCACAUUGUAGGAUUUUUUAUGAAUUUAUUUGCAAAUUAUGGUGGAAAAUAAGUAUUUGGUCAAUAACAAAAGUUUCUCAAUACUUUGUUAUAUACCCUUUGUUGGCAAUGACACAGGUCAAACGUUUUCUGUAAGUCUUCACAAGGUUUUCACACACUGUUGCUGGUAUUUUGGCCCAUACCUCCAUGCAGAUCUCCUCUAGAGCAGUGAUGUUUUGGGGCUGUCACUGGGCAACACGGACUUUCAACUCCCUCCAAAGAUUUUCUAUGGGGUUGAGAUCUGGAGACUGGCUAGGCCACUCCAGGACCUUGAAAUGCUUCUUACGAAGCCACUCCUUCGUUGCCCGGGCGGUGUGUUUGGGAUCAUUGUCAUGCUGAAAGACCCAGCCACGUUUAAUCUUCAAUGCCCUUGCUGAUGGAAGGAGGUUUUCACUCAAAAUCUCACGAUACAUGGCCCCAUUCAUUCUUUCCUGUACACGGAUCAGUCGUCCUGGUCCCUUUGCAGAAAAACAGCCCCAAAGCAUGAUGUUUCCACCCCCAUGCGUCACAGUAGGUAUGGUGUUCUUUGGAUGCAACUCAGUAUUCUUUGUCCUCCAAACACGACGAGUUGAGUUUUUACCAAAAAGUUAUAUCUGACCAUAUGACAUUCUCCCAAUCCUCUUCUGGAUCAUCCAAAUGCACUCUAGCAAACUUCAGACGGGCCUGGACAUGUACUGGCUUAAGCAGGGGGACACGUCUGGCACUGCAGGAUUUGAGUCCCUGGCGGCGUAGUGUGUUACUGAUGGUUGGCUUUGUUACUUUGGUCCCAGCUCUCUGCAGGUUAUUCACUAGGUCCCCCCGUGUGGUUCUGGGAUUUUUGCUCACCGUUCUUGUGAUCAUUUUGACCCCACGUGGUGAGAUCUUGCGUGGAGCCCCAGAUCGAGGGAGAUUAUCAGUGGUCUUGUAUGUCUUCCAUUUCCUAAUAAUUGCUCCCACAGUUGAUUUCUUCAAACCAAGCUGCUUACCUAUUGCAGAUUCAGUCUUCCCAGCCUGGUGCAGGUCUACAAUUUUGUUUCUGGUGUCCUUUGACAGCUCUUUGGUCUUGGCCAUAGUGGAGUUUGGAGUGUGACUGUUUGAGGUUGUGGACAGGUGUCUUUUAUACUGAUAACAAGUUCAAACAGGUGCCAUUAAUACAGGUAACGAGUGGAGGACAGAGGAGCCUCUUAAAGAAGAAGUUACAGGUCUGUGAGAGCCAGAAAUCUUGCUUGUUUGUAGGUGACCAAAUACUUAUUUUCCACCAUAAUUUGCAAAUAAAUUCAUUAAAAAUCCCACAAUGUGAUUUUCUGGAAAGACAUUUCUCAAUUUGUCUGUCAUAGUUGACGUGUACCUAUGAUGAAAAUUACAGGCCUCUCUCAUCUUUUUAAGUGGGAGAACUUGUACAAUUGGUGGCUGACUAAAUACUUUUUUUCCCCACUGUAUACAUUCAGAAUGUUGUACCCCACUGUACAGUAUAAGCCCCUGGUAUUAAAAUACAGCAGUGGAUGAGAGGUUACAGAACCAUCAUAACCUCAGGUCUUGGAUCAGUGGAAACCAACACUAGCUUCUUCUCACCCUCUCUCCAUCUGAUCCCAGAUCUGCACCUCCCCCCGCAAGACGAACCUGACAGGCUACAGACACAUGGACUGUAACAUCAAGGGACGACCCUGCUGCAUAGAAACUAAGGGCCGGUGUGAGAUCACAACGAGAGAGUACUGCUCCUUCAUGCACGGUUACUUCCACGAGGAGGCCACCCUCUGCUCCCAGGUAGGUGGGUGUGUGUCCGUCUGUCCGUCCAUCUGUCCUAUGUGGAUGUUGUUUACAGGGUUCGUUGAAUGACAGCCAACUCCCUAUCUGAUCCUGUGGUCUCUCUUUGUUAACAGAUCCACUGUCUGGAUGAUGUGUGUGGCCUCCUGCCCUUCCUCAACCCUGACGUCCCUGACCAGGUCUACAGGCUGUGGCUCUCCUUGUUCCUACACGCAGGGUAAUCAUACACUGUAUUUCUAUAGUACUUUUUAUACAUGAUCUUGUUUUUAGCCUAAAGUGCUUUACAGUAUGAGUAUGUAGACCCCAGGUCAUCUCACUGUAGUCACAUCAAUACUUAGUGCAAAUCCAAACACCAUAUGUAGAGUCAUGGGUUUUUGCUGACCACUUGACCUGGCCAGGAACAUCUCUGUUAUACUCUGUUAAAGGUCCAAUGCAGCCGUUUUGAUCUCAAUAUCAAAUCAUUUCUUGGUAACAAUUAAGUACCUUACUGUGAUUUGUUUUCAAUUAAAAUGGUCAAAAAGAAACAAAAAUAGCUUCUUAGCAAAGAGCAGUUUCUCAAGCAAGAAUUUAGCAAGUACUGUCUGGGAGUGGUCUGAUUGGGGAGGGGAAAACUGAAAAUGUUCUGUUAUUGGCACAGUGCUUUGGAACUCUCUUUCUUAUUGGUCUAUUAACUCAUUUACCGCCUGGUGAUGUCACCAGACAUUCCAAAACUCCAUCCUACCAAAACAGGCUGAAAUUUCAGGUGGUCUUUUCAAGCAGUGCUUACACUAAUAGGGCCUUAUCGUCAUUUUCAAAAUUUCACAGUAUUAUUCCAACCUCAUGGUGUGGAAAUAUAUAUAAAACACAGGAAAAUCACGUUUUAGACUACACUGGGCCUUUAAUACUUUGUUUAACCCUAGUUGUAGCCUACUACACGGCUCUGAUUGUUCCUUGUCAGUUUACAUGGUCAGUGAAAACUCAGGGAUAUCCUAUUGUAUCCCACAGUCCCUAAGUAUGGCCUUAACAGAAAAUACUGUGUUGAGGGUUCCCCCACAUGAUUAAGAUAUGGGUACUUAGUGAGGAGAUUACAGCACGUGCUGGUGUUCAGGUUUGUUUGUGUGUGUGUGUGUGUGUGCACAGGUUAAUAUAACAUAAGCCUACAGUAUGUGUGUACAUUUCCAUGCGUUGUCCUCUGACUGGCCUCUUCCCUUUCCCUAUGAAGCCUCCUCCACUGCCUGGUGUCCGUAGUGUUCCAGAUGACCAUCAUGAGAGACCUGGAGAAGCUGGCUGGCUGGGUCCGCAUCUCCAUCAUCUACGUCCUCUCUGGCAUCACCGGCAACCUGGCCAGCGCCCUCUUCCUCCCCUACAGAGCUGAGGUACACACACAGGCUCACACAUAGGAGCGCAUGUACACACACACACACCCCUUUUCAGCUCACACAACUGCCACUGCUGAUCUCCAUUGAGCUGGUCAGGUGUUUUAUAGGAAAGCUGGUGAGAGAAAGAGCGUUAACAUCUCAGCUAUACCCUUGGCAGCCACUGAGCUUAGCUCGGUUACUGGAGGAGCUUUGGAUAGGGAGAUUACUGGACUGGACGUGACCCUGUCUGGAGGGUAAACGGUAAGGACUUAACUGCCUCUGCCCUGCCUCCAUAUCACCAUUACACAUGGCUUGAGAAAGCCAUAGAGAUCCUCUAUUCAUUUGUAUGCUCAAAGCAUUGGUAGAAACGUAUUGCAAUUGUGCGAACUGGCUGAAUUGCUAGGGUUGGCACUGUCAAUGAGACGUUCUUACAGCCUGAGAAGUAGGGCCUUAGCUGCAGUAACCAGAUGUGGUGUGCCAGGGUCCCCCUAGUGGUGAGAAGUAGUUUCAAUUCACUCCAUGUAAACUGUAAAGGUCCAUGCAUCCCAUACAUUUGCAUUCCUUUGUGCAACACACAAAACUGGGUCUCAAGUUCAUGUUUUGUCACAAAUUAGUGUUGACCCAGUCAGUUGACCCAUUCUUUCUGUCUCAGACCAUGUCUGAAUCUCUCAAGUGUGGUCGCACACACAAACACACACACUCUUACACGUUUUGUCAUUCACAUUGUAGCCCUAUCCUCCCUACAGAGGUAAUGUCCAGCUUUCUGUGUUCCUCUCCCUGACCGGGAGACACUGGUACUUGUUGUGUUAUCUGGACAUGAUCUAAUCCAACCAACCCCUUUUCUUCUGCAGUGUGUGAUGUGCUAAUGGGAAGUUAGUCCAAUCCCCUCUGAGGUGAGGCAGCUGGCUUAAUUGUGCCUGUGUGUUAAGGAGAGAGCGAGAGAGGCAGGGACACUCAGUACAGGUUGCGAAGUCAGCAGUAGGCUAAAUGUGAAGGGCACAGGAAGUGAUUUCAGAGCGCCUUUGGACAGGAGACGCUGUUCCCUUGUAAUCUCCUCUUAUAGUUUUAUCGUGAAAAGUUACGUUCCAUUAGGCUAUUGCUGUCCAUUUAGCAUAGGAAGAGUGGACAAGUGACUUGAAUGUUUUCCCCUUCUAUUUCUUCUGGUGUUAAGCCCCCUUUCUGUAUGACCAGACUGUAAUAGCCCACCCAUGCUAAACUUCAUUGAUUACAAUUUGAUUUGGAGAAAUGAAGAGUGCAAAUGUUACUGGAAAGAAGAGCGUGCUCUACAGUUUUGUGCUUGAGGACAAGGCUCAGUAUCUUGGACAGGAUGCGUUGGUUGUGACGUGGGCAUUGCCAAGUGGGAGAAGAGAGCUGGUGUGGAUGACCUAAUUGGUGCAAAGAAACCUCUCCCAAUUGACCUCUGUAAGACGCAGCCUCUUUCUUAGUCGCUACAGAUUACUCUAAUUAUAUUGUGUGUGUUAACAAAGGGCACUGCUACGCUAAUCCAGAUUCCUGGUCUGUUCAAUUGUUGAAAAAAUAAAUGGUCUGGUCUUCCAGUGCUUCUACAUACAGAUUAUGGAUCAGAGUUUAGUACUCCUGAGGAGUACCUAUUUCUGGAAAAUCUCUUUUUUCAUUUCCCCAGACUACCAGCUCUAUUAUAAAAGUCUGCAGGUAUGUGGCUGCAGCUGUGUCUUUGACAUGAUUUGGCGCUACAUACGUCUGUCAUGGUUCUAGUGUGAUGUUAGUGUGAGGUAGCACUCAGAAAUGUCACCGCUGCUGCACCAGCAGGACGCAGGCUUUCACGCAACAGGAAUAGCACCAGAGAUGUGAGGCGAUACACGACUCCUCAUCUCAAGCCAGUUAGUGCCCCGUUUCAGUAAAAAUAAGAGGGGAUUAUCCCAUUGGUGUAGUAAACAAGACCCCGAAGCUGUGGCCGGACCACUCUCCAUCCACUGUGGUUAAACACAUCACAAGUAAGGAUUCGUUUGAGGUCUUCAUGAUGUUGGAAACUAAAUGUUUGUUAUACCCCUGAAAGGGGGAAAUAUAGAAAUAAAUCACACAGAGAUGUAGCUUUGGCUUCAAGUCACUUGUAAUGAGUCUUUUCAUGUAAAAUCAUCAGCAAUUUACAUGGGUACAAAAUAUAUUAUCUCCAAUUACAUAGCUGUUACAAUUGUUCAAUAAACCAGUAUUGUCUCAUUUAUACAUUACAAUGGCUCAAUUAAUCCGUUAUUGUCCCUCUUUAAAUUGACACUAUGAAAUGCAAUGACAAACCUUUUUAACCUUUUUUAAAUGUUAAAUGCAUCACGUAUCCCACUAUUUAUUAUCACCAUGAAUUAUCCUUGUAUAAACUGUUCCUAUAUUUAUUACAUACUGUAUGUGUUAAUUCCUAUCAGUAUGCAAACUCAUCCUAAUAACAAAAACAUGUAUAACCUUGUAUUAAUUAGUAUUUAGUGCUUUAGAUUACCACAACAUUCACAUUUCCCUAAAGUUUUCCAUUGUUUCCAUACACCCACACACACAGGAGCUGUGGGCGCGGUCUCUCUCGGGCACGCUCUGAUCACGAAGUCACCUUGUGCAAGUGAGCAGCCUUCUAGAAAGCUAGCUAGCAAAACGGCUAAUUUCGAAGUGGCCUAACCAUACCAAUAACACAUUUACUGUCUUUAACAUCGUUGCUGCUGACCAAAUAACACACAGUAGCGGUCUGACAUGAACAAAAACAUUUGUGACAUACCUGAUAGAAAUAAAUCACACAGAUGUCGCUUCGGGUUCAAGUCACUUGUAAUGAGUGUUGCCAACUCCUCAGUAAGGAAAGUAGCUAUUGGCUGUCCUAAAAGUCGCUAAAUGACAUCAUCGCCUAAUUUGCAUAAUUGGCCAUGUGCAUGUAAUUGUGAUUGGCGCUGUAGGAGAGAGGAAUAACGUUGUGGGAGAGACAAAAAGUGAGUAAAAAAACACCCUUAAUAUGUUUAGAACAACAAAUGAACUUUCUUCUGUCGAUUCUUGUUUUUUUUUAUGUCACAAUUUCAACCCUCCUCCUUUAUCCGGGCUUGGGACCGGCAAAAGUGACCCAAAAGAGACACUCUGGCGGAGUUACUUAGUUCUUUGUUUUAUUUUUAGUUUAGUUUUCUUAAGUUUGGUUUUUAACCUUAUGGUUCACUUAGGAGCCUACUACAAGUCACAGUAAAACAUGAACAUUUUUAACCAUAAUAAUAAUGUCAGAAUAAUAGUAGAGAGAAUUAUUUAUUUCAGCUUUUAUUUAUUUCAUCACAUUCCCAGUGGGUCAGAAAUUUAUAUACACUCAAUUAGUAUUUGGUAGCAUUGCCUUUAAAUUGUUUAACUUGGGUCAAACGUUUCGGGUAGCCUUCCACAAGCUUCCCACAAUAAGUUGGGUGAAUUUCGGCCCAUUCCUCCUACAGAGCUUGUGUAACUGAGUCAGGUUUGUAGGCCUCCUUGCUCGCACACGCUUUUUCAGUUCUGCCCACACAUUUUCUAUAGGAUUGAGGUCAGGGCUUUGUGAUGGCCACUCCAAUACCUUGACUUUGUUGUCCUUAAGCCAUUUUGCCACAACUUUUGAAGUAUGCUUGGGUCAUUGUCCAUUUGGAAGACACAUUUGCGACCAAGCUUUAACUUCCUGACUGAUGUCUUGAGAUGUUGCUUCAAUAUAUCCACAUAAAAAUCUAUUUUGUGAAGUGCACAAGACCCUCCUGCAGCAAAGCACCCCCACAGCAUGAUGCUGCCACCCCUUAUACGGUUGGGAUGGUGUUCUUCGGCUUGCAAGUCACCCCCUUUUUCCUCUAAACAUAACGAUGGUCAUUAUGGCCAAACAGUUCUAUUUUUGUUUCAUCAGACCAGAGGACAUUUCUCCAAAAAGUACAAUCUUUGUCCCCAUGUGCAGUUGCAAACCGUAGUCUGGCUUUUUUAUGGCGGUUUUUGAGCAGUGGCUUCUUCCUUGCUGAGCGGUCUUUCAGGUUAUGGCGAUAUAGAACUCGUUUUACUGUGGAUAUAGAUACUUUUGUACCUGUUUCCUUCAGCAUCUUCACAUGGUCCUUUGCUGUUGUUCUGGGAUUGAUUUGCACUUUUCGCACCAAAGUACGUUCAUCUCUAGGAGACAAUUUUUGGAAAAAUUACUUGUCAUGCACAAAGUAGAUGUCCUAACCGACUUGCCAAAACUAUAGUUUGUUAACAAGAAAUUUGUGGAGUGUUUGAAAAAUGAGUUUUAAUGACUCCAACCUAAGUGUAUGUAAACUUUCGACUUCAACUCUAUCCAUCUAUUGGCCCUUUGAGUACAUCAACAUUUGCCAGUGGAUUCAGCACCCUGCUGCUCACAGACUUGAUCAGGCUAACCAAGCUGUCAAGUAGCUUAAGAGGAUCUACUUGCUCUCCCUCAAAAGCCUUGAUGGCCAACUGUACCUCACCCAGCACUGACUUCAAAAAAGUCAGAUACAAUAUGUUUUGAGGAUCACUAUACAUGGAGUAUAAAACCUCAGCCAUGUAGCAGUGUUCACUGGACUUGGUGACUGCGAAAUGCAGCCUAAGCUCCUCCCACUGGUCCAAAAUGUGUGAAACCGCGGGUUCAAUGGAGAGCCAACGUGUGGCACACACCUUGCUUAUCUGUAAAGGUUUCUCCCCACAGUUGAUGGUGUCAUAUAUGGCCUUGUAGGCCUCCCUGCGCUUUGGAGACACUGAAAACCAGUUAUAAGUCUCUUGUACCAAGUACUCAACACUACGGGGGAUGGUGUUAUUGGAAGCAUGACUUACAGCAAGCUGCAGAGAGUGGCACACACAGCGAAUAAGAACCAGAUCUUUGAGGCCAUACUCCUCCAUCAGCACUUUAUGGACUCCAUUGUUAAUCCCCGUCAUAACAGAGGCAUUGUCAGUCCAUAUCCCCAGGAGUUUCUAUUUUUUAAGACAACACUUCUCGAGGAAAGCCACAACAGCACGGGCUAUAGAUUUGGCAUCUCCUCCCUCCAACUCAACAAGCCCCAGAAAUGUUGAUACAAUUGUCUGCUUGGUGUCACUAAAGUACCUUAUCACAACCCCCAGGUACUUAGAAACACUUACAUCUGUGGACUCAUCGAGGAGGAGGCUGAAACGCUGGUCACCCACAUCUGCGACCAACUUUUUCAGAAAGUAUGGUGCUAGAACACCAUUAAUCAUUUCUGUGCACUUUGUCCUGUGCAUUUUGAAGUGGGUAGCAGCAGUGGAGUCUGAGAAAGCAGCUCUACAUGCUUCUCCAAUGUGAUCACAUGCCAGCAUGGAACAGUGUUCAGCGAUAGCUAAUGCCAUGGUGGACUCAGCCUUUUUUGCAGAGUCAAUUUUUUUAAACCAUAAAUGGCAGCUUGUUUUGGGUGGAACUGUUAUAAGGCUUUGCCUUUUGAGUAUGUUUUUGAGUUGUCAUGUGUUUUUUUACAUCACUAAGUUUGGCGUAGAAAUCAGCCUUACAAUACAGGCAGUAUGCCCGUGUAUCAUCUCCAAUAAACGGCUUCAACCAGCCUUUGAAUUCAGGGUUUGAUUCCCACUCCUUUCUGUAUUUUUGAGUGUACAGUUUACACUGAGACAUGAUGAGCUAGCCACCUAGAUGUUUAGCUUAUGUCACAGAGAGGCGCACACACAGUGGACGAGGUGAGUAAGUGACUGAGGCUGUGUGAGUCAAAUCAGUGAUUUGUUUUUGUGCAGUAUUUAUUUUAGACAAAGAACAUUUUACAUUUACAUCCCGCCCUGAAUGUAAGCCAGGGCGGGAUUAGCCAGCGGCGGCUUCCCGCAUGUGUGAUUCAUUUGCAGUCUGGAUGUGGAGGGGUGAACAUCUCCUGCUCUGACUGCAGCUGGGAGGGACUGCUGCGCGAGGACUGGGCCGCCUGUGAGUGCUUUGGGACGGGGGUGGGGCCCACUGGGUGGGGCCCACGGCAGCACCCGCUGCUCGUUGAGAAGAGUAAGAACGAUACGUGCUUUCACGUCAGAGUCUCCAAAAGUUUCCAAUAACACCAGAAAAAGUCGCUAGAUUUGUCGCUAGUCGAUCUUUUGAAAAUGUGUCACUAGAGGGGUAUGAAUACUCGCUAAAUAUAGCGACAAAGUUGCUAAGUUGGCAACACUGCAGGGAAGCCCUGUGCGCCCCUAUAGGAAUUCCUAGGUAUAACCAAUCAAACUCAGAUCAGACAUCAAUAGAGCACACAGAUCGUAUAAUCAGCAUUUAGAUAAAUGAACAGAAUAUGACUUACUGGACACAUUAGGAUUCUGUAUUAUUAUUUCGUUAUUAUUGAGGCACAUUUUUUAUUAUAUCACAUUUGCUCAUACCAAGUCUGACUAGUAAGACAUUUCCUUUGCAAAAUAUUAAUUCAAGAUCAACCAAGAUGAACAGGGUAAAUCGAAUGAGCUAGACACCUUGCGUUAAUUAACUCAUCAGAAACCUUAAAAUAGCAACCAUUUCGUUUUCUUGGCUUUUGAUGAAUAAACUACCAAAGACCUCCUCUUCAACCCUCUCCCUCAUGUUGUUGUUAUGAAGUGAGAGUACUACAAAGGUCACACUAGUACACUAAAUUUCACAACUUGGGCUACUGAACACCAAUCACCUUCUGUGUUAAUCUCCCAGUGAGUGCUGCUGGAAGUGGAAAUGGUGGAAGACCAGGUACGUGUCAUAUGCCAAAGUAAAGAUUACAUAAAGAGGCAUCAGUCCAUGGGAAUGCCUGAGAAUAUGUGCGUGUGUAGGGUUGCAUAACUCCUGGAACUUUCAAUAAAUUCCCUGGUCUUCCUCAAAUUCCAGGUUGGAGGUUUGCCAGAAUCAGAAGGGAAUAAGCAGGAAAUCCGGAAUCCUCAAACCAGGAUUUCUGGAAAACCAGGGAAUUUAUUGAACGUUCCAGGAAUUUUGCAACCCAAUGCGUGUGAUUUGAUGUCAGGGUCUAUUAUUACUGGCUAAAGCAUCUGGUGAUGCGUGAUGAUUCCCAUGAGGUCUAAACCAGAUUACCGUUCGGCAUAUCAUUGAUCCGCUCAGCGAGCAGUAUGACCAGGAGUCUUUGGUGGGUCAGGGUUGGAUGGUCUAGGGUUAUCUCAAAAUGUUUCAUAGAAAUUGCAAGAUUUCAUGGAUUGCUCAUUCAACUUUAAAAGUAGUUCAUUCAGUUCUGGUGGCGGUUUCAGAAAUGCUUAAUGAUACAACAGUAACACUCGCUAGUACUUCUUCAAAGGACUUUGAGUCACUCUUCAGUGCAGAAAUUCUGAUGUCAGAAAAAGUUCAGACGAUCUGAAACUCAGCCUCUCUAAAAGAAACAACUAGAUGUCACAACAGUAACACUCCCUAGUUAUUCUUCAAAGGACUUUCUGAGUCACUAGUUAGUGCAGAAAUUCAGAAGUCAGAGAAAGUUCAGACAUUCUGAAACUCAGCCUGUCAAACAAAGUGUUGAAUGGCGAGUGAAGCUUAGACUGUCUAGUGCUGGCUGGGGUAUGACUGGAUUCAAAUCACCCAUAUAGCAUGUCUGGAACAUGUAGGCCACGUGGCUAGGGCGUGUGAAAAGCCUCACUCCUCCUCUCCCGUCGUUGUGGGAGGUUAGAAUCUCAGAUUAGCCAUCUGCCCCGGUACGCCCACCACAGCCCUGACGUCAAUCUAAUCAGGAUGCCAGCCGUAGAACCAGUGACCAAAGAAGCAUUGCCCUUUAUUUAACCAGGUAAGCCAGUUGAGAACAAGUUUUCAUUUACAACUGCGACCUGGCCAAGAUAGAGCAAAGCAGUGCGAUUAAAAACAACAACACAGAGUUACAUAUGGGGUAAAACAAAACAUAAAGUCAAAAUUACAACAGAAAAUAUAUAUACAGUGUGUUCAAAUGUAGCAAGUUAUGGAGGUAAGGCAAUAAAUAGGCCAUAGUGCAAAAUAAUUACGAUUAGUAUUACAUUUUCAUUUACAUUUUCGUCAUUUAGCAGACGCUCUUAUCCAGAGCGACUUAACACUGGAAUGCUAGAUGUGCAAGAGUUGAUGUGCAAAUAGAGAUACUGGGGUGCAAAUGAGCAACAUAAAUAACAAUAUGGGGAUGAGGUAGUUGGGUAGGCUAAUUACAGAUGGGCUGUGUACAGGUGCAGUGAUCGGUAAGGUGCUCUGACAACUGAUUGUUAAAGUUAGUGAGGGAGAUAAGAGUCUCCAGCUUCAGAGAUUUUUGCAAUUCGUUCCAGUCAUUGGCAGCAGAGAACUGGAAGGAGACGGUGGUUAAAAUGUCCGAUGGCAUAAUUAUAUAUUGAUCGCAGCAUUUAUUUGGGGACAUUGUACCAAAAAUAAUUACCCUGCGGAGAGAAAGUCAAUUGCAGGGCUGAACCUCUCCAGACCCCUGAGCUACAUGCAUUUGCAUCAGUAGACUACUGACUAAAUUCACUAUUACACACAGACGUCAACAUGUAAUGCACUCAGCUGGUGCACCUGCUUCCCAUUUUGCCUGAUUCCUAUUGUCUUCUGCUAUGAGGGACUAUAACAACUCAGCCUCAGUCAUCUGCCUGUCCAUUAACAAGGCGCACGCUGACGUACGCUACCACCACUUCCUUCAUGCUAAUGUACUAGCAUUUGAUAGGAAUUUCAACAGAUACUACUGAACCGCCAGUGAGCAGGAUGCAUGCAUUUAUCCCUGCUUCUUCCGCUGAUAUGCCCCAUGCUAUGGUCAACAGUGACUCAUUCAUUCAUGCACAUGCUGGCCUUGAUUCCCAUUCAUCCAUUGGUGGCAUUGUCAUCCAGUGAAACAUCAACCCCCAACCCCCAACCCCUCCCUCCAUGUUGUUUGGUCAGAGCAGGUGGAUGUAUGACUCUCUUUUCCCUCGCUCUCUCUGUCUUUCUAUGGUUAUCAUCCAGGUUGGCCCAGCUGGCUCCCAGUUUGGGCUGCUUGCCUGCCUGUUUGUGGAGCUCAUCCAGGGCUGGCAGAUGCUGGAGAAGCCGUGGAAGGCCUUCCUCAAGCUGGUGGGCAUCGUCUUCUUCCUGUUCCUGUGUGGCUUGCUGCCCUGGAUCGACAACAUCGCCCACAUCUUCGGCUUCCUCAGCGGCCUGCUGCUCUCCUUCGCCUUCCUGCCCUACGUGACGUUCGGCGACUUUGACAAGUACCGAAAGCGCGUCCUCAUCCUGCUGUCGCUGCUGGUCUACCUGGGCCUGCUCUCCUCGCUGGUUGUCUGGUUCUACAUCUACCCCAUCAACUGGCACUGGCUGGAGCACCUCACCUGCCUGCCCUUCACCAGCAAGUUCUGCGAGAAGUAUGACAUCGACCAUGUGGUGCACUAGGCUAGCGCUCACUAAAACGCUAACAGCUAAUGCUAGCUGGCUUUAGAGCCUGGACAGGAAGCGCAGUGGAAAAUACUUUUAAGGGAAAUGGAACUUAAAGGGAGAGGCCCGUAAGUGUUGAAAGCACCCAGGGUAUCUACGCACAUUGACUUCAAGACUGUAAAGCCAUGCUAGUUCCUCUGGAGAGAGAGAGACUCAGUCUGAGCAUGCUGUUAAAGUGGACUUGGAAGACUACAGAGGAUAUCUUAACAUUCGGUUCAUAAACUGUCAAGUUAAUACUACAGAGGCCUCUUAUUUGCUUAUUUGUUACCUUUUGUACUCGUUUUCUACAACACUGGAUCUAUCUAACACUAUGAUAUAGCAUUUCAUUAUGUUCAAAUACUUUGAAUUAGCUGUUCAUGUGAGCAUUUCAUUAUGGUAUUGAAUACAAGUCAUACAGUCAUUCAUGGUUUCAACUUGAACCUAGUUUUGUGUGCUUUUCAUGACUUUUCCAUGGCGCUUUUGUUGUUGUUGACCAGUUAAGUGUUAAGAAUUCCAUCCAAUAGCAGUUGCUUUUCACAAUGAAUUAUACUGUACAAACAGUUUCAGUGAAAUUGUGUUAUUGUAUCUGUAAAUUAUGCUUGUUCUUCAUCUGAAUGAUUGGUCUGACCUUCCAAAUCCUGCUUUCCAAUAUGCCUAGGUUAUUUAAAUCAACUGCCACAGGUGCUAGAUAAAUAUACAUCUAACUAAUUCCAAUUUAACUGUGUCACUGCCCCAAAGACAAGCUGUUAGCCUUAUGGAAGGCUUUUCAGUUGAAGUGCACUACUAAUUAAACACGUUGACUUGUUUUGGCCAUAAUUGUGCCAUAUCACUAGACAUUGUGUUUAUAACUUUGAUACUCAAAAGUUAAUUAAAUGUAAUAUCGUAAGAUUAUAAAAUUUGACUGACCGUCCAAAAGGCAGUAUGUGAUCUUAUUGAGCAAGCUAGAAAGUCCAUGUUGUUUCACGUCAAACUACGAUGUGCUUGCACUAUGUCUCUAUAGUAAUUAUAGCACUUCAGUGAUAUCAGUCCAAAUGACUUAUCAAUAUGUUAUGUGUAUAUAUUUCAAAAGCGAACGAGAAUCAAUGUACUGUGCCUUGAUCAAUGGCCAUUGAUUCAAGAAAGGCUGCUAGUCAUUCUUGCCAUUACAGAUACCAAAUUGGCCAACAGAGUUUCUGCUACCCCGGCCUGCUCCUGUGUUCUUGGAUUAUGUCCCUCUGCUCUGGCAGGUGUCCGCUCUUAACUGUUUAGGACGUUUCCUCAGAGGUGGAUUACUGCGGUGAUGUGGAUUAUUUUAGCAGGAUUUACUCUGCUUUGUUUAGUCACUUUACACACCAGCAGUCAACUGGUGGCGUUAAUGGCCGACUUUGUCAAUAGUGUGGAAUUCUUCACAGGUGUUGGUUGGACAAUCGUUGAGUACUGUUUUACAUUGUUUUACCAUUGUUUUGUCAUUUGGGCAUUUAAAUGGUUGUGACCCUGUUUCAUUUGCUAGGAACCUGUCCCUCCUUUUCUUUUUAUAUGAACACUUCGGCACAGUCUGCUCCUCGUCAUAGUAAUAAUAUGCCAUUUAGCAGACGCUUUUAUCCAAAGCGACUUACAGUCAUGCGUGCAUACAUUUUUGUGUUUGGGUGGUCCCGGGGAUCGAACCCACUACCUUGGCGUUACAAGCGCCGUGCUCUACCAGCUGAGCUACAGAGGACCAUUGGUCAUAGGAAUUCACAGUGCCUUCUGAAAUGUGUAUAAGCCUUUAAUUUGAGUAUCUGCAAGAAUAAGUCUAUAUAUGCAUUUGGACCAAAUUGAUUAAUUUAUUGGAAUAAAAAAGGAUACUUUGGAAUUUGCUCUUUUACUGAGAUAUUGUGAUAUUUUUGCUGCAGUUUUUGAAGAUAUUACUCACGUACGUGUAUGUAAAAAUUCAGAUGAUGUUCUUGAAAAUAAAUGUAAAUCUAGU